CCUCCCCGCCGCAUCCCUAAACGCACGGGAGACUGCUUCAGAGCUGGGGUUUAUGGGCUCUCCGGGUUGUGAGCACCAGUUUUUCAACCAAAGCCUCGGCUGGAAACGGGAGAGGCGGCCGUGAAAGGCGAGUGUGGAGUAACCCGGGGGAAGGCAGAUCGUCAUCAUUCUUCUGAGUGGCAAAGAGGGAUUUCCACGUCCCGAAGCCCUCCAGUCACUGACCUGACCGUUGAUGUGCUGCAGGUUUAUCAAGAAGGAACAAACACGCCUCCCGAUUCUCUUGAAAGUAAACUGCAAGUGAACUUCAACUCCAAGACAUGUGAAAACAGCCCAGCGUGUGAAUGAUGGUUGAGUGGUUUCAGGUUAGGCAGCCCGGUAAUUUGGAUUGAACAUGCUUUGGCUGCAACAAACUGUAGUGAUAGAACAUAUGUUUGUCGGGCUUUGCUUUUGAUCUUCUGCUCCAAGGUUGAGGAUGCCUUCCCAAGGGGGAAAGAAAAAAGGAAAGAGAACUGGGUAGAAGAAAAUGGACCUCACCCAUCACUGAAAUAUUUUGUACCUGAAGCACAACCACCUUGAGAGAAGAACAUGGUGGCCGCUCUUCACAGUCACCUGACUAAUGGGCUUGGGUUUGCUCCUGCCUCAGAGGGAAAUACAACACCACCAAGAGGACCCCCCACAGCACCUGCACACUCACAGCCAAGCCUGGGCUCGGCCCCCACGGACAUAUGAGAAAAGAGGACCUGCCAGAGCCACCAAGAGGGGGGGAGGCUGGCUGUUGCCAGGUCCACCCACGUGGAUCACAAUGACUGCAUGAGGUCAUGGAAUGUUGAAGAGGUGAAAUGAUAGUGGGUCCUAAGUCACAAAGUCGCAGGCGGGUGGGCAUCCUUUUGACAGGGCUCCCAGGAAUCGAGCUGUACCACUUUCCCUGAUGAUCCGGGGAAGGAGCUACUUCUCCCAGACAGAGUUGGAGUCCAAUCCAUGCCUAUCCUCUUCCCGCCAAAGCCCCCUCUCCCCAGGGCUUUCUGGGAUGAAAGAAUAACUCCAGAUGAACCCGAAACCGAACCAGCGCCACAGAACAGUGAUGAAACCCUCUACUGUGAGGCCGAGGCCUCCGGGGCUGUGGAAAAAGAGAAGGCAGCCUGGGAGAGCUCAGAAACCGACCUGGAGAUCGAAGAUACGGAGAAAUUUUUCACCACUGGACAAAGGGAGCUAUACCUGGAGGCCUGCAAACUGAUGGGCGUAGUGCCUGUCUCCUACUUUCUUCGGAAUAUGGAGGAGUCCUACGUGAACCUCAACCACCAUGGGCUGGGCCCCAACGGUACCAAGGCUGUUGCUACAGCCCUGGUGUCCAACACAAGUGUCGUCACGCUGGAGCUGGCAGACAACUGUCUCAUGGAGGAGGGCCUCCUGAGCCUGGUGGAGAUGCUUCAGGAGAAUUACUACCUGCAGGAGAUGAAUAUUUCCGACAAUGAUCUUGGCUUGAAGGGGGCCAGAAUAAUCUCAGAAUUCCUUCAGAGAAAUACCUCUUCACUCUGGAACCUCCAGCUUUCAGGAAAUAACUUCAGGGAUGAAGCCGCAGAAUUGUUGUGCCAAGCCCUGUCGGCCAAUUACCAAAUCAAGACGCUGGAUCUCAGCCACAACCAGUUCUCUGAUAAGGGAGGAGAGCACGUGGGCCAGAUGCUGGCCCUCAAUAUAGGGCUCCAGUCACUGGAUCUGAGCUGGAAUCACUUCUGCAUACGGGGAGCUGUGGCCUUGUGCAAUGGUCUCUGGGCUAAUAUGACCCUGCAGAAACUGGAUCUCUCUAUGAACGGCUUUGGGAACGAGGGGGCUACGGCCCUAGGGGAGGUCCUCAGACUCAACAACUCCCUGGUCUACCUAGACGUCAGCAGCAAUGGCAUCAGCAACGACGGAGUCUCCAGAAUCAGCAAAGGGCUGGAGGUCAAUGAGAGCCUCAAAGUUCUGAAGCUUUUCCUGAACCCUAUGAGUAUGGAUGGGGCUGUUUUACUUAUCCUGUCCAUCAAGAGGAACCCCAAAUCCAAGAUGGAAGAGAUCGACAUUUCCAAUGUGCUGGUGUCUGAGCAGUUCCUAAAAAUAUUGGAUGGGGUGUGUGCCAUCCACCCCCAGCUGGAUGUGAUAUACAAGUCAGUGCAAGGCUUCUCUGCCAAGAAAGCACUCCUCCAGUGGACGAACCCCAUGAAAUUGAUCCAGAGCUACGCCGACCAGCACAGAAUCACAGUCGUGGACUUCUUCAGGAGCUUGAACCCUAAAGGACUGAUGACGAUGCCUGUGGGCGACUUCCGGAAAGCUAUGAUACAGCAGGACAAGGUCCCCGUAGACCUGUACCAAGUCAGGGAGCUGGUAAAGAAACUGGAUGACAAGAGAGGCGGGGUGAACUUCAGCUGCUCCACCGAGCUGCACCUCCUCGCCGAGGCCUACGGCUUGGACCCCCGUCUGGCCCUGCGGCUUUGUGUCUUGCAGUGUCCUUAG